AUGAGUCGUCCCAAUUAUCAUGGAUACUUCAAACACAUCCCAUCAACCGUGGAUACAAGAAGUUAUUUUCUUGACACGGCGGUUGCGGAAUGGGAUCUAUCGGGGUUUCUCCUCUCGGGUCAGAAGAAGGAUGUCUUUCUGGAAGGACUUGAAGGACUUGUUGACAUCAAAGCUAUUAGCAGAGAUGUGCGGGCGUUCGCUAAAGCGCUAAGGGUGUUUUAUUCCGUGGAACAAAACGUCGUUACUGCCGUAAACCAUGCCGAGGAGCUACUAAACCGACAUGCACUGAAAGGUUUCGAGCACCGUGUCGUUCAGAAUGAACUACAGACUAGUCUCAUCAAUGUUUUGAAUAACUCGGUUGAUCCGUUUGCAGAGAAUGAUGCCGCGUCGAGCUCAUCUACACGGACCCUGUCAGUGAAGUCAACCGGAAAGCGAACUGCUCGUCGAACGCUGCAGGCUUCAAACAAGAAAAGGAGUGGAAUCACCAUGGCUAGGGACGAGUAUGGUGGUGUCGAAGGAGGUCCGGAAAUAGAUGAAACGGCUGUGGGUGGAUUUAUGGCUACCAAGAGCAUGGGGUCUUCCAGUGUAGACAAGACAGUCGCGGACAUCAAUGAUGAAGACGAGGACGAAGACGAGGACGAAGACGAUGGUGGAGGCGAAGAGACCAUUGAAGAUCUGAUUCAAAGGUCUCAAGUAUUGGAGGAUGAAUCUAACUCAACGGAAAAAAAAAGAGAGGGAGUGGAGAAAAUUCCAUCCAGUCGCAACCUGACGUUGGAGGAUUUGCCCCCUCAGCACAGGCCCUCCUCCACUGUUGACGACGACGGUUACUGCCCAGGUACAACACCACCAAUCUAUUCUCCUCAGCAUUUACUUGGAUCAGAUCUCCCGUCCACCGACCCUGCAGAUAUGAACUUUGUGGAUCAAGAGGAUCUCAAUCAGUCAACUUCCAGACUUUAUUCUUGGAACUUCUUGGAUGGUUCUGGAAGAUUGGAUUCAGACGUCGAUAGCAAUUGGGUGCAUAACGAGAUUGAUAUCGGUGGGGACCUAAUGGCAUGUAGGAAUAGGAUCGUCGAAAAUAACGGUGGUCUAACGGAACCAUUUGAGAAGUUGGCGGUCAACUUCGUUUUCCUAGUUGAAGCAGAAUACCAAACUGGUGGCUUGCAAGGAGAGGUCGAGGAUCUGAUCUGGGAUUCUCUCUGCGAUGCCGUUAGAGACUUCGUGCUGCCACUCUCAAAUGAAGACGUCGCAGAGGCUCAUCAGUGGGCACAUCGACUGGCGCAAAAUAAGUCUGAGACAUUCGCAAAGCUGCUGGAUGAGUCGCCGCCCCUGAAUCGCACUCUCAAGUCUAUCAUGACGAAGAUGGCGGACACUGCACAGCUCUAG